UUCUCUUCAACUCUAUCUACCUAUAUAAAUCUCAAAACCAACGGAAACCAACUAACUCUACUCAACUAGUAAAAAAAUGUCUAAAUCUCAGACUUCUAUAGAACUUCCUGUAUUUGAUAUCUCUCAACCUUUAAUCCAAUCCUCCCUCUCCUCCCUAUUACAAGCCUGCAAAGAAUGGGGAUUCUUCCGCAUCAUCAAUCAUGGAGUUUCCAAGGAACUCUACGGGAAAGUAUGUUCCCUCUCAAACCAACUUUUCAAUCUACCUUAUGAGUCCAAAAUCAAGGCAGGACCAUCUUCAUCUAUAAGAACCUAUACACCUCAUUUCAUUGCAUCCCCUUUCUUCGAGAGUCUACGAAUAUCCGGACCUGAUUUUUCUGCUUCAGCUCGGAAUUCUGCAGAUGUUAUUUACACUCAACCAAAUCCACGGUUCAGUGAGGUACUUGAAGAGUAUGGAAACAAGAUGACCGAGCUGUCAAAAAGAAUCGUAGAGAUUAUAUUAAUGAGCAUGGGGAACAAUUUUGAGAGAAAAUAUGAAUCUGAAUUCAGUAACUGUCAAGGUUAUCUGAGGAUAAUCAACUACUCGCCCCCGGAAGGUAUGAACGAACAAGAACUAGUAGAAGGGCUUGGCAUGCACACUGACAUGAGCUGCAUAACAAUCGUUUAUCAAGAUCAUAUCGGUGGGCUUCAAGUGAGAUCUAAGGAAGGCAAGUGGAUGGAGAUUGAGCCUUGCGAAGAAACACUUGUAGUGAACAUUGGAGAUUUAAUGCAUGCCUGGAGCAAUGGCAAGCUCAGGUCAUCCCAACACAGAGUAGUUUUAAGGCGAUUUGUCAACCGUUUCUCUCUGGCUUUCUUUUGGUGUUUUGAGGAUCAGAAGAUGAUAUUUUCUCCCAGGGAAGUGGUUGGAGAAGGGAAUAAGAGGAUUUACAGACCAUUUGUCUGUGCAGACUACUUGAAAUUCAGAGAAAGCAGUGAAAAGGGAAAGUUUGAGAAAGUUGGAUUUACUGUAAAGGAUUUUGCAGGGACUUGAUGCUGAAAGUUCAUGAAAAUCUUCUGUACAAAACCCUCCCCACCUCCCCCCCCAUUUUGCCCCGUUUUUUGUAUGUUUGUUGACCAUUCUCUUUGGUUGUGGAAGAAGCCAAUGAGGGAUUUAAAUAAAGAAUGUUAUUUUAUGUAAGGUCUCUUUUGGGGGUUUGAAAAGUUGUUGCUUUUACAUUAGAUGUUCAUUUAGGAUUAUAAUAACAAUGAUGUCUGCUAAUGAAUCAAGAAGAACAAACAUAUUGAGUGACAUGGUGGCUAACUUCUUCAAGAAUCACCAUUUCUUCAGGGUAUGCCAUCUCUCAUGUGCAUAUGCUGAUAUGGUGUCAUGCUUCAUAGGUAAAUGCAUGCAUUCACAAAGGAAUUGUAUAAGUGGAGAAUGUCAUGUUUUUUGCUUGAAAACAUCAUGUUCUCACUCAUGGCAAGUUUUCAAAAUGAAAAAACAAAAUUGUGGUGUGAUGUAACACACCUCCCAAGCUAUUGGAUUAAAAUCAUAUUCUAAAUGAAUUGCGGAGAACCCGGAUCCAUAUAAUUCACCCUUCCAGCCA